GCAGACAGGAGAAAGCAGCAGAAGAAUCGGAGUCGCCGGUGCUCAGCGGGAGCGCUGGAUAUGGCGGAUGGAGAGCGCUCCCCGCUUCUGUCGGACCUUGGUGAUGGAGGAGGCAUUGGAGCAGCGAUGGGUCCCGGGGCCCCUUCCCCGGGGACUGUGCUCCCUACUGCUCCUCCGUAUGGUGGCCCUGGCCCCACCUCUAAUAACAAGCCGCAAGGUUUCCCAGAGUUCCCAGCUGCUCAUGGUUCAGUUAUUGCAGGAGAAGACCCUCCUCCAUACUCCCCUUUGACAAGUCCAGAAAGCGGCUCUGCACCCAUGAUCACUUGCAGAGUCUGCCAGUCACUUAUUAAUGUGGAAGGAAAAAUGCACCAACAUGUGGUUAAGUGUGGGGUCUGCAAUGAGGCUACGCCAAUAAAAAAUGCCCCUCAAGGAAAGAAAUAUGUUCGCUGCCCCUGCAACUGUCUUCUGAUUUGUAAAGUGACUUCCCAGAGGAUAGCUUGCCCCAGACCUUAUUGUAAGAGAAUUAUAAAUCUUGGUCCUGUACACGCUGGUCCUCUGAGUCCGGAACCACAGCCAGUUGGUGUGAGAGUCAUCUGUGGACAUUGCAAGAACAAUUUUCUGUGGACAGAAUUUACAGAUCGAACCUUAGCUCGCUGCCCACACUGCCGUAAGGUUUCAUCAAUUGGAAUGCGGUAUCCACGAAAGAGAUGUUUCUGUUGUUUCUUGUUAGGAGUUUUGCUGGCUCUGGCUGCUGCAGGACUUGUUGGGGGAACGUGGACUUUGGCAUACAAAUAUGGUGGCAUCUAUGCCUCCUGGGCAAUUGUGCUUCUCCUAGCUCUGGCAUGUCUUGGUCGCGGUAUCUACUGGGCUUGUAUGCGAGUCAGUCACCCUGUCCAAAGCUUCUCAUGAACAUAAGACCUUCCUCAUUCAGCUUCCCCAACAUGGCAAGGAUAACAAGUAAUCGCUUGAAGGCACAGGAUGGAGAGAGAGCACUUGCUCACAACAAGGGGGGUAAAUCCUUGCUGCAUUUUAAAGCAGUUAUGAUUAUCGUUCCACAGUCCUAAACCACCCACGUCUCUGUUCUGUCCCACUACAGGGCUCUAGCGCCAAAUGGUUUUCCUUGUAUACACUACUGAAAUUCUGAAGCUUGUAGAGACACUACAGCACCAGCUUGUAGAAAUGAAAGUGUUUUGCUUUAUGUAGCAAAUCCCAGACAUUGUUUACUUUAAGAAAUCUCAUAUAGGGGAGUGUGAGUCUAAAUUUAGUGAAUUAAUUCAAAAUCAGAGCACCUACCUGUAAGGCUGACUUGCAGGCAGGUUGGCAAGAUGAAAAUUGUUUUUGUUUUUUUUUUAACCUUAUUUUUUUUGGUUGAGAUAAAGGCUUUGCUGUGGUGACUGUAAAAAGAAAGCCUUUCUUCUACAGCCUGACCAAGGGGAGACAGCACUCAAAUUCCUUCUGACAUAAGAGGGGCCUGUUUCUUGUUCCUGUUAGUAAAAUAAUUAUCCCACCCUCUGAAAAUGUAUAGCAAUGUGGUUCUGCAUAUAGGUGCUGCUGGAAAAGUGGUAUAGCGAUGUUUCUGACCAACCCCAAACUCAGAUUCCUGUUGCAUUUUAAUUUUUGAGUGCAAUGGUAAUAACCCUAAAAUGUACAUUCCUUUAAUCAUAUUAAUGAAAGGCUGCAUAUUCCCGUGGAUUGUUUUCCUUCUGUUUGCUAUGUCUUGGACAAUAUACAGUAAUGCCAACUUGCUCCUUGAACAGUGCCAUGAUUUUUUUUUUUAGUAAGCUCCCUGAAUUAACCCCCCCCUCAGUCCUAGCACUUGCUGCUUUAUUGCAUAGUGACUGGCUAAUUUGCAGACAUAAAAGAUGAGGUUCAGAUCAACAAUUUCAAAUGAAAUGGCUUGGUAUACAUUAAAAUAUCUACAUAUCUAUCAGAAGGGAAGAGCCACAGAACCUCUACAUGGAGAUGCAUUGUUGAAGUAGGAGGUUAAUGUUGCUUUUGCUUAAAUUGUGGGCGCUAUCCAUAUUUAUUGCAGCUUAAAAGAUACCCAAAUUAGUAUGAACCAGUGAUGUAACUAUAGAGGAAGCAGAUCCUGCGGUCACAGGGAAGGUCCCAGACUAUAGGGUCUGGUUUCUGUAAAUCUGUUACUCUCCUGCCUAAGACUUAGCAAAGGACAUGAACGGGGUGGGGAGUGGGGGGGCCGGGUUGGGGAGCAGGAGAGUGGGCCAUCAAAGAAUUGUUUUGCAAGGGGGGCGGUGCCUUGUAGUUAUGCUGCUAGUAUGAACUAGGCACAAAUAAGCUUCAGCAGAAAAACUGAGGCUUCAGUGUUGCUUUGUGUUUAACUGCCAUCAAGUAGAAAAGCAGCACAGGUAUAAUAUGGUUUACUGGUUAUUUAGGUUACAUACACAGAGGUGAUUGUACCUUUAUUUUGCUAUUUUGUUUGUCCACUGUGUGGCCCAUAUAAGAGACCAUCAUUUUACAGAGAUUUACAAGACAGAAAAAUGUUGCAUUUUAGGAUUGGCGCUAUCUUCACUUUGGCAUCAAUGAUAAGAUAUUCUUCUGUCCAGUACAUCUUACAUAAUAAAUGGGGUGAAUGUCCUAUGAAGACAUUCAAGCAGAUUGGUGUUUUCUAUAUGUUGGGCUGGCCACCUUCAUAAUGUUUACAGCUGUUCUGUCAAGGUGUAUGUGGCCCAUGUAAGAAUGGCCUGCAUCUUGAACAUGUGUCUUUGUAUGUACAUAUACCCCUAUUUUCCUUGGGCUUCUGUCAGCUCAAUGUUAUUGAAACUUAAAGCAGUUUGAACAAACUAUAGGGGUGCAUUUCAAGUUGCAUCAGCUGUGGCUCAGCUUUUGUGAAUAAACCUUCAGCUUGCGUGUGAUCUGCAGCGGCUGCUGGGAUUUUUAUUUGGCCAGCAGCUGUAAAGGUGCAUAAAAGCUUGUUUAUUUAUGGCUAGCUAAACAUAGGCCACAGACAUCACCAGGGAAUACUGAUGAUCUUUUUCCAUUGUCAGCAGAGAGAAGUGCUCAGUGGUUCACAGGAGCAGCCAUUGCUUGAAAAUGCUCAAGUCAUUCUGUGUUUGAGUACAGUGAGCCAUAAACUUCCCAUUAGCAACAAUGCCAGUAGGACAUGAGCUUACUACAUGUGUGAUGUUUGUUCCUUAUACCAUUUAAUACGAAGUAUGCCUUUUGCUAGAGAGAUGCUUCCAGAAAAGAAUUAGUAUUUAAAUGUAUAUGGAGCAUUUGUAUGUGUACCAGUUGCUCACUAGGAUGAGUUCAUGUCAACACUAUUAUUUAACUGCAGGGAGCAAACUGGGUCCAACCUGUUUUUAUGUGUAUGCAGCUGUACAGAAUUGCAUUAGUUGUAUAUAAUUGUUAAUGAAUUUUCUCCCAGAUUGCUGGUGUGCCUCUUGCAAAUUGUACUUUGGUUGUAGUGGAUUAUAAACUUUUUAAAAUUUUUCUUGCCUCCAGCUUUCUUCCAGAAUAUUGGCAAAAACAUUGUUCCUAGCCUCCUUUGUCGGUAAAUAUAUAGUGCGGUACACACAUAGCGCAGGCCCAUGCCCCUUUUACAGAUUCCAUAGUGAUCCUAAUGAAGCCACUCAGAACAAAUUUAGUGAUUUGUGUGUAUUUUGCUAUCCGGGGAAUCGAAAAUAAAAGGGUAAAAUAACACUAAAAAGAACUGUUGUUCAAGUUAACAUUUAGCUUUUAUAAUGAACCUAGUCAAAAUAUACGACUGAUUCUGAGAGUCAUCACCUUCUCUGCCAUAUUUAUUUCUCUGCAUAAAGGGUGCACUCAGUUUAUCAGCUUUAAAAGAAGCUUUUAUAUAAAAUAGAAUAACGUAUCUAUUAAUCCUACAGUUUCCUAUUCAGUGAAAAAAUGGUUGGAAACAUCCCAAGACUGGGCAGUGUUAAGUAUUGUUGCUAUGAUAUCAGAAGGGCAAGAGUCAUCUGAGAGGGCCUCAUUAAUGGUCCUCUAGAUUGUGAUGGAAAGAUAUAGUUAAUAAUGUACCCUCUUGUAAAAUAUAAGGGUAUUAUAAGUCAACAAGGAGUUCCACCAGCAUAUUAACAUUUUUAUACAAGUCAUGGAACUCAGAGGUGACUUCUAAUAGCUUCAUAUUUUGGCACAGAGGUGCAUUAUUUAUUAUAGUACUUCGAGUUAUAGUGAAUGAUGUGAUAGAAAUUGCAUCACUAAGCACUGUUUAUAUGGAUAUAAUUUACAAGAUAUUUAUGGCUCUUGUGUAUUAUAAUGGAAUAUGCACAAUGGCAAUGCGUUCUGGAAAGGUAGUUAGUAAAUAAUUUUGUAGGUAACAUGGAGUGUCAGCAAACAGUUUACAUUACAGCUCAUUAUUGUUUAAUGCCUUGAUGCCUAGGAGGAAUGACCGAUGAGUGGUGGGGGGUCAUACACCCUACCCCAAUAAUAUUAUUGGUCAUAUUAUUAUCAGCUGUUGAAUAUCCUCACUGUCACCCAAAUCAAUAUUCUUACCUCCUAUCAAACCAUUACAAACCCUUGCCUAGGAUGUUAAGGGUUCAAGUAACAAAACUCAUGAUGUCAACUGUAACCAAAGGGACAGUACCCAGCAAGCUCCUGGUUAUUUUUGCCAGGGUACCUAGCAGCAGAAAUAUCUCUGGCAGCAAAAGGGGUGAUUCACAUGCCACCUGGGUUGAUAAAGUGUGAUGAUAUGUGAUUAUAAACCGACAGACUGCCCUGUGUUACACAGAUGGGAAUACAAUUCUAUACAUUUUUGAUCAAUGUGAUGUAAAUAAACAGUCUCAUUCCAAACUUAAA